CUCUCUCAACAGUUUCCUCUCUGGGUUCAUCUCAUCUCCUUAUCCAUCCACCAUGUCGGUUUCUGUUCGCAUGACGUCCUCCAAAGGACCCAAGACCGUGACCUCAAAGUCCAUUAUCACCAAGAGUCGGGGUUGUUCCACGUUCUUUCCACAGAAAGCCUACAGCGUGUAUGGAGGUGGUUUGGGUGGAAGCACCCGCAUCUCUUCCUCCUCGCUGCAAUCCAGAAUCAGAGGAUACGAUGGAGGAUACUGUGGAGGAUACGGUGGAGGAUACGGUGGAGGAUAUGGUGGAGGAUGUGGUGGAGGAUAUGGUUUUGGUGGUGGAUACGGUGGAGGUUAUGGCGGAGGAUAUGUAGCAGGCAUAAUGCCUGGAGGCUGCUUUGUAAAUGACUUCCAGCUGAAUGAGAAGGCCACCAUGCAGAACCUGAACGACCGUCUGGCGUCCUACCUGGAGAAGGUGCGCUCGCUGGAGGCUGCCAAUGCCAUCCUGGAGAGGCAGAUCCGUGAGUACUAUGAGAAGAAGGGGCCGAUCUGCCAGAGGGACUACAGCCCCUACUGGAACACCAUCAAGGACCUGAAGGACAAGAUUAAAAAUGCUACCAUCCACAAUGCCAACAUCCUCCUGCAGAUUGACAACUCUAAACUGGCUGCUGAUGACUUCAGGAUAAAAUAUGAGCAUGAACUGGUAAUGCGGCAGUCUGUGGAGGCCGACAUCGCUAACCUGCGCCGUUUGCUGGACCAGACGACCCUGACAAAGGCCGACCUGGAGAUGCAGAUUGAAAGUCUGCAGGAUGAGCUGGCAUUUAUGAAGAAGAACCACCAGGAGGAUUUGGCUGCACUGAGGUCACAGCUGACAGGCACAGUGAACGUAGAGGUUGAUGCUGCUCCUCAGCAAGACCUGAACAAGGUUCUGGAGGAGGUCCGUGCUCAUUAUGAGAACAUCAUUCAGAAACACCGCAGGGAACAGGAAGACUGGUUUAAAGACAAGACGGCAGGGUUGAACAAAGAGGUGGCCAUCAGCACAGAGACCAUAUAUACGUCCAGAUCGCAGAUCACAGAGCUGCGAAACACCUUACAGAGUCUGGAGAUCGAGCUGCAGUCUCAACUCAGCAUGAAAGCAGCGCUGGAGAACUCACUGGCAGACACAGAGGCUAGGUACAGCGCUAUGCUAGUGGCUUUAUCACUAUCUCGGGUGGAUCUCAAUCCUCCGGUGGGUCCCACAUUAUCACAUCUGGUGGAUCUCAAUCCUCUGGUGGUUCCCACAUUAUCAAAACUGGUGGACCAACAAUCCAAAUAA